UCCCCACCGCCUUGCUUAAAAAUUUGAUCAUUAAGUUUUUAAAAUUGAGCUGUACAAGUAUAUUCACCGACUGCCCAAAAAUGUUGGCCCUUCGACUAGGCACCCAAAUAUCCAGAGACCGGCUUAGGGCCUUCAAGUUUGGAUGCGGUGGCAGCAGGCGUAGCCUCAAGGUCGCCGUCGUGGGUGCUGUGGGUGGCAUCGGUCAGCCGCUGGCCCUCCUCCUCAAGCAGAAUCCACACAUCUCGAGGCUAUCCCUGCACGACUUGCGAAAUACGGCCGGAGUGGCUGCCGAUCUGUCGCACAUCAACAGCCGGGCUACGGUGUGCCACUUCGAGGGAAAAGAUGGUCUCAAAAAGGCUAUGGAUAAGGCGGAUAUAGUGGUGGUUCCGGCGGGACUGCCCCGAAAGCCCGGAAUGAAGCGCGAGGACCUGGUGGGCGUGAAUGCCAGCGUGGCCUGCGAAGUUGCCCAUGCCGCCAGUGCCGUUUGUCCCGGCGCCCUGCUCGCCCUCAUCACGAAUCCCAUCAACGUGAUUGUACCCAUAGUUGCAACCAUUCUUCAGGCAAAGGGAACCUAUGAUCCGAAUCGACUCUUUGGGGUCACAAGCCUCGAUGUGGUGCGAUCCAAAGCCUUCAUCGGGGAUUUCCUCAACGUUGAUCCACAGACUGUGGACUUGCCCGUAAUCGGUGGUCACACGGGCCGCACCAUCUUGCCCAUCCUGUCGCAGUGCCAACCCACCUACAAAGGCACCGAUGAGGAGCGCAAGGCUCUGAUCAAGCGCAUCCAGGAGGCGGGCACGGAGGUGGUCAAUGCCAAGGAUGGCCUGGGAUCGGCCACCCUGUCCAUGGCCUAUGCCGCCUCUCACUUCGUGAAUUCACUGAUCCGAGGAAUAAAGGGCUCCAAGGACGAGUGCAUUGUGGAGUGUGCCUACGUGGACUCGGAUGUCACCGAGGCCAAGUUCUUUGCCACCCAGCUCAUCCUGGGACCCCAGGGCAUCAAGGAGAACCUCGGUCUGCCCGAGAUGGACGAUGAGGAAAAGCAAGCCCUGGAAAGCAUGCUGCCACUAUUGAAGAAGAGUAUCGAAAACGGGAUCAAGUUGGGCAUGGAGAUGGCCUGCCAGUCUUAACAUUAACUAAAAUCAUCAAUCAAGUCAAUAAGACUUUGAUUUUUAUUGAUUCUGGUCAAUAAAUGCAUUUUUUGUGUUUAUUUAAAAAUUUAUCAA